AUGAUUAGGAAGUUAUGUUUUGAAACUUGAAACUAUUUUUUUUACCUGGAAAGUGGGAAUUGAUUACCAGAAAAUAUGGAAGACAUGAGACAAAACUUUAGUGAAAUACAAGAAAUCAACGUGAGAUGUAGAGUAUGUCUUCAGGAAACAGAAGAAAUGAAUCCGUUUUUCGAAUUAUAUUUUGAAGAUUUGAGUUUAUCCAAUGUAUUCAAAACUAUUACAACCUAUGAGAUACUAGAAGAUGAUCGAUUAUCCAAGUAUGUUUGUGAAAAUUGUAGUGCCAUUAUCAUCAACUUCAAUAACAUGCUAUCAGUUUUUCAAGAAACUGAAGCAUACCUCAAUAAAGUAGUCUCUGACUUAGAAUUGGAAUCAAAAUAUGAUAGAGUCAAAGAGGAAAACAUAAUGGACUCAGCUGAGGACCCAAGUGAUAAUAUAGAUGACAAUGAACUGAUAGCUACAAGUAAUAUUGUUGAAAAUGAUGUUAUCAAUGCUAUCACAGGAAACAUACAAUAUUUUGGGGAUGACACACUAGACAAUGUGAUAGAGUAUGAAGAACAUGAAGAGACUACUGGCUCCAGUAUUGCUGAUAAUCUUAGUGAUGUGGAUGAUCCAGGUGAAAAUGGUGUUAAAAUAGAGUAUGAACUAUCAAAUAAUGAACCCCCUGUUGAAGAAGAAAUUAUUGGUAAUGGUGAAUACAAAAGAGUUAAGACAAUGAAGUACACUUGUGAAUGUGGAGAUACUUUUUUAUAUAGAACUGGUUUUCGCCUACAUUUGCAACAGAAACAUGAAAAAGUGACUGAAGAACUGAAUUUAGAACAGUAUGCCUCAGAGGUGAAAUAUGUCAUUCCAUUAGGACUUCCCCUUGUGGAAUUUGUUCCUGCCAAGGGUUCCAGAAGAAAUAAGUUGCAAUGUAGAAAAUGUACAAAAUGUUUUCCCACAAUAGAAGAAGUGAAGACACAUGAACAAAUACAUAAGACACAUGUGUGCCACUAUUGUGGUGCUGCAUUCUUGAGAAAAAAUUAUCUCACUGACCAUAUUGCCGUUCAUUCUGAAGAGAAGAAAUAUGUUUGUAAAGUGUGUAAUAGAGCAUUCAGGCAGAGACACAGUUUGAGUGUGCACACAAAAAUCCAUCUUGCUGCCAAGCCCUACAUUUGUGAACAGUGUGGUGUUUGUUUCAGGGCUAGGGGAACCUUAGUCACUCACAGGAUCCUGAAACACAGCAAUGAAAGGAACUAUGUUUGUUCCAUUUGUAGCAUGAGAUUCAAUCUCAAGUCCACACUUGAUAAACAUCAUCUCAGGAAACAUACUGGUGGUAGAGAAAAAAGUUUUAUUUGCAACAAAUGUGGUGUAGCUUAUUUAAAUAAAACCACAUUGACUAGGCAUAUUGCUGAUAAACAUCUUGGACAAGGCAAAAGGUACCCUUGUAAUAUUUGUGGACUCAAAGUGUAUACACUGAAAAAGGGCCUCAGGAUGCAUUUACAAAGAAAACAUAAUAUAUAUUAGUACCUAUAUCCAAUUUUAGUCUUUCAAUUCCUUUAAAAAACGUGGCUUAUUUAUGUUGUCUCAGCAACUCAAUAUCAUUUCAACUAAAUUUAACUUGAAUUCAUUAAUUAUAAUGGUCUGUAUGUUAGGGCUUUUCCAAGUGAAAAUGGUUCUCAUAGAAAUAAAAUCAUUGAAAUAAUG